CUUCACUCUUCGGUGGUUUUUCCGCUUACAAAAACAAUUUCCCGUCUUGUGUCUCCGAGGUAAAAGGUCUAUAACUAUACAAGUAUCAGCUGCUUUUCUGCAUUUAACGAUACGUCGAUAGGCCUAAAUAAACUAAAGGUGAACAAGACUGGUGUGAUUGGUGAGAACGCAACUCAGCAUGAAGGCGAUUAUGCUGACUGCCCUUGUUCUCCUGCUUGGUCUCCUGGUUGCCCGCGCAUCAUCGUCCGCGAGGAUCGUGCAGCCCAACAAGUGCACAAGCUACGUCAUGUACGACUGCUUGGAGAAGGAAUUGCCGCGCCUUGAAGGUUUGGUCUGUGUGAACGACACUGAGGAAUUCCUCACCAGGAAGCUAAAGGACGUGGGUGGGUACAACCCGCGAUAUGUGGCAGCAAAUCUGUACGAAGCACUAACCUUCGAGGACCCCUCUAACUACUACUUCCAAAAGACGACCCUCCCCGCGAGGAAGCGUCUCCCGAGCUUGAUAAAAAGUAGAUGCGGUAAGAGUUACUAUUUGCCCGGCCAUCCCUGCUACCAAGUGAAGUUUACUCCAACUCCACAACCGUACAUUGAAAACAACCAUACCAAACCGAUCAGAGAACACUCAAAAUUGCUAAAACCAACUCCAGCCGCCAAGGCUCUCAGACAUGCAAAGAAGACUAUGGAAUGGCCUUUAGAAGAAACCGACCAUCCGGAGCUGACGGUACCUUGGGCUGGCAAAAGAAGACGCGAGGCACGUGUUAGGCGGAUGGCUGGCGAGCGCGUGCAGGGCUGUUAUGGCAAGGGCACAAGGGUUUUGGGGAAUAAUCGCUAUCACACGUGCAGCACGUGUCACAUCAUCUCGACGCUUCCCUCAAACCAGUUCCCGCGAUAUCUCAAUGAAGCCGUGUGCCGUCACUCACUGGCCGCACAUGCGUCAGGUGGACAGAAGGGUGAGACGCCAUUUUGUUUCGCGAAUGCUGGAUACUGUGCACAGAAGAUUAUCAAGAGCGCUGGUCUCAUUCUGGAAGGCUACAAGGAAGACCCUGUGUUAAGCAAGAGAAUGGGCAAGAGCGUGCUGGUGCAGAAAUGGAAGGAGACGACCCUGUCGAUUCGCUCAUGCUGCGACUGUGAGAUCUACGACUCUACCAAGCAGCUAUUAGGAAUAUUUGGAAAGAAGUAAUGAUAAAAGGGACACACCCUUUAAAAUGUUUUCCCAAUUUUGAAUACUUUUGAAACAAAAAGUUUGAUUCCAAUGCAAAUAUAAAAGCUAAUUUUACUCUUGCUGCCUUAGUUCUUAUAUUUAGACAUUUCGAGGUUAUACACAAAUCACAGAAAACUUUAAAGGAAAGGGGGGAUGGGGGAGGGUUAGAGCCUCUUGCCAAAGCUUACGAUUUGUACAUCUUGAAAUUGCCGCUUAUUGCACAAUAAAAUGACGACAUGAGUUGGA